AUGGCCCAAUCGCAGACCGUCGGGCUGGAUACCCUCGCCGAGGGUUCGCAGUAUGUCCUCGAUCAAUUGCAGUUGUCGCGCGAGGCCGCGGCCAAAACCGUCGGCGAUGAUACGCCCUCGGACUCGCUGAGAAGCUCGCUGCCCAAAUCCAAAGACCAACCUUUCUACCGCGACGACGAUAACUCUGUAGCUGGCUCCAGGUACCAACCGCCGUUACACCGAGAUCCCCUCGUGGAGGCUCGUUCGGCGAUCCGCAAAAAUUCCGUGUCGGCUACCGUCCGGCGCAGAAUCAGUCGAGCGUGCGAUCAGUGUAAUUCGCUCCGGACCAAAUGCGACGGACAACACCCAUGUGCACAUUGCAUCGAAUUCGGGUUGACCUGUGAGUACGCUCGGGAACGUAAGAAGCGAGGGAAGGCUUCGAAGAAAGACCUGGCAGCUGCGGCUGCAGCUACCCAGCUGGGCAACGGUCAAUCAGCCCAAGAAAAUGGCGCACUAGUGGGGGAGCAUACGCCCCCGGAUCGGCGACGAUCGUCUCAGGAGGUCAACGGGCGAUUUGACGGGGGUUUUGACACAGCUCAACAUCUCAAUCCUCCGUCACGACAGGUGCGGGAUCCUAAUGCUCCUCCGAGUAUGUCUACGGUUGAAGAUGCGCACUCAGCUCCGCCGCAUUCGCAGCCAUCCUUGAGGGCCGCCAUUGAUGUCAUGCACAUGAACCAUUUCAAUUCAUUGAACAACGAGUCGCAUCGUGCUCCAAUGCCUGUCGCCGAUCUUCGCGCCUUACCGACCUCCAUCCUAUCGUCGCAUGGGUUAAGUGCGGGGUUUGGUGAAAACGCGUUUGCGAUGGUGAACUCUCAGGAACCUAAUGCUUCCGCUUUGAACCAUUUUCGAAUUGGAAAUUCGGCCGAGAACCCCACGGCUCCGUUCUUAGGACUAUCGCCUUCUGCACAGUCUCCAGGCUGGCUGCCUCUGCCCUCACCAUCUCCCGCCAACUUCCCUUCCUUUAGUCUGCCGUCAUAUUCGAGUACGUUACGAUACCCCGUGUUGCAGCCCGUGCUGCCUCAUAUCGCGUCCAUCAUUCCACAAUCCCUCGCCUGUGAUCUCCUUGAUGUCUACUUUACCAGCUCAUCCUCUUCACACCUUUCGCCAUUAUCUCCUUAUGUGGUGGGAUACAUCUUCCGGAAGCAGUCCUUCCUCCAUCCUACGAAGCCACGAGUGUGUAGUCCUGGUUUGCUGGCCAGUAUGCUCUGGGUCGCAGCGCAGACGAGUGAGGCUGCGUUCCUGACAUCUCCGCCCUCUGCUCGAGGGCGUGUCUGCCAGAAAUUACUGGAACUGACCACUGGUUUACUCCGGCCACUGAUUCAUGGUCCGGCAACGGGGGAAACAUCGCCCAACUAUGCAGCUAAUAUGGUCAUCAAUGGUGUCGCCCUGGGUGGAUUCGGCGUCUCGAUGGAUCAGCUAGGUGCGCAGAGUAGCGCAACCGGUGCCGUGGAUGAUGUGGCUACAUAUGUGCAUCUAGCCACGGUCGUUUCAGCAAGUGAGUACAAGGCCGCCAGUAUGCGUUGGUGGACGGCAGCAUGGUCUUUGGCGCGCGAGUUGAAGCUGGGUCGUGAGCUGCCGCCCAACACUUCCCAUACACGACCAGACGGCGAGCGCGAGGGCGACACCGAAGGGGAUCCUUCGAAACGACACUCCACGUCGUUGAUGGCCUCCAUGGGACUUGGACCCGGCAGUACAAAUAUUAAUGUCACAGAAGAGGAACGGGAGGAGCGCCGGCGCCUGUGGUGGCUACUGUACGCGACGGACCGUCAUCUGGCUCUCUGCUACAACCGGCCAUUAACGCUGCUCGAUAAAGAGUGCGGGCGUCUAUUGCAACCCAUGAAUGACGACCUUUGGCAAGCGGGCGAUUUCUCUACCGCCAGCUAUCGCCAGGUUGGCCCUCCUCUCGAGUGCACCGGUCACAGCAUGUUCGGGUAUUUCUUGCCGCUGAUGACUAUCCUUGGUGAGAUCGUUGACCUCCAUCAUGCCCGAAGCCAUCCACGUUUCGGUAUUGCGUUUCGAAAUAGCACUGAGUGGGAGCACCAGGUGCUGGAGAUUACCCACCAGUUAGACACCUACGCGCAAAGUUUGAAAGAGUUUGAGGCGCGCUACACCAAUAGCUUGGCCCUAGCCAACGCGGAGAAUGAGCAGAUCGGAGAGGGCGCCCAUUUGGAUCAUGUCAGUCCGUCGGGUCGUUCCAGCAGUACGGUCGGAUCCCGGGUGAACGAGUCCAUUGUGCACACGAAGAUGGUUGUCGCGUAUGGUACUCACAUCAUGCAUGUUUUGCACAUUCUUUUGGCGGGCAAGUGGGAUCCGGUCAACCUGUUGGAGGAUCACGAUCUGUGGAUCUCCACCGAAGCUUUCGUCUCUGCAAUGAGCCAUGCCGUUGGCGCCGCCGAAGCGGCGGCCGAAAUCCUGGAAUUCGAUCCGGAUCUCAGCUUCAUGCCCUUCUUUUUCGGAAUCUAUUUGCUGCAGGGUAGCUUUCUGCUACUCCUGGCCGCCGACAAGCUGCAAGGUGACGCCAGUCCGAGUGUUGUCCGGGCUUGCGAGACGAUUGUUCGCGCCCACGAGGCUUGCGUUGUCACCUUGAAUACUGAGUAUCAGCGAACAUUCCGCAAGGUCAUGCGCUCGGCUCUGGCGCAGGUGCGAGGUCGUAUCCCCGAGGACUUUGGUGAACAGCAACAGCGUCGCCGGGAGGUGUUGGCGCUGUACCGGUGGAGCGGUGAUGGCAGUGGUCUUGCCCUUUGA